AUGAUGGCUGAUCAACAUUCUUCUCCAGAAUCCAUAAUCAUGGCAGCACUUUCAACUCUGAACCCUGCUAAACUUGCAGAUCUAAUCUACUCCAUCUCUUCCCUCUUCCACCUCCUCCACCGCCGCCUCUACUCCAUCUUAUCAUUCCCCAUGCUUUAUGACCUCACCAUCCGCCACCUUCAGUCCCUUUCCCUCCAAGACAAGUCACUUCUCAUUGCACGCCAUUUGCUGUCUAACUUGACCAUCCUAACUCAGUCGAUGCAAACCUGCAGCAUGAUUGGUAGCACGCCGAAAACAUACUUUGGUGCCAACCAGAUGAGGCUCCGGGAUAUAGAUGCGGUGGUUCUCCUGCUGCUCCUUUGCGAAAUACGCCAUCUCUUCCCUGAAAUGCUCGAAACCCCUCCAUCAAACUUGCGACUUAUGCUUUACAACUAUGUCUCUCGCGACAUGCUGACGCUUUCUGGUAUUGAAACUUCAGGGGCGCAUGUUUUGAUGAAGUACAUUGAGAUGGUGGCCAAAUGUAAGCGAUUUGUUACCGUGAUGGGCGGCGGCGGUGGUGGUGGCGGCGGAGGAGGAGGGAAAAGUGUGAAUGAAUCGGCUACUUCGGUGGCAAUAAUUGUGACCCUGCCAUCGGUGGAAGUGAAGAGAGGCUGCACAAAGGAAUGUGUGAUAUGCAAAGAAGAUAUGAAAGAAGGAAGAGAUGUGUGUGAGUUGCCUUGCGACCAUUUGUUUCACUGGAUGUGCAUAUUGCCUUGGUUGAAGAAGAAUAACACCUGUCCUUGUUGCCGGUACCGGCUCCCGACCGACGACAUUUUCAGUGAGGUUGAUCGGUUAUGGGAGCUGCUGGUCAAUGUGGGCUGUGCUAGCUAG